CCAAAAAGAUGUUUUUGGAGUUAUUCUUAGGCUUUCUAACGUUUUUGUCAAUAUGGGAUUUUCUAUAUAAACGACACAGAAAUAAACUUUUCAAAAAUGCUGGAAUAACAGGGCCAAAUGGACUACCGCUUUUUGGCAAUGUUCUAAAAUUAAUUAACUUGAAUACUGAAACUUUAUUUGAAUUUAAUAAAUUGAUGCGAAGAAAAUAUGGUAAAAUGUGGAGAUUAUGGUUCUUUAAUCAGGAACGUGUCUUUGUGCAAGAUCCUAAAUUCUUCGAAAGCAUAUUUAGCAGUCAACAUGUUAUAUCAAAAAACAAUUCAUACAGCUUAUUACUGCCUUGGCUUGGGGAUGGUUUACUUCUAAGUACAGGAUCUAAGUGGCAUGCGAGAAGAAAGAUUUUUACGCCGACUUUUCAUUUUAAGAUAUUAGAACAAUUCGUUGAGAUUUUCGAUCAAAACAGUGCAAUUUUGGUAAAAACUUUAUACGAAAAGGCUGACGGUAAAACAGUCAUAGAUAUAUUUCCAGUAGUAUGUCUCACUGCUCUAGAUAUAAUUGCCGAAACUGCAAUGGGCGUAAAGAUCAAUGCGCAGAUAAACCCAGAUUUUCCUUAUGCCAAAGCGGUCACAGAAGUGUCCCAAAUUGUUGCUACACGUGUUAUUAAAGGCAAUCAACGCUAUGAUAUAUCUUUCAUGAUUACUGCACCACAUAUAGCAUACAGAUUAAAAAAACAGAUAGCACUCAUGCAUGAUUUUACGGAUACGGUUAUCAAGGAUCGCAGAGUUGCAUUGGAAAAAUCAAUUACAGAUGGAAGUAAUAUACCAAUAAAAAUGUCAGAUGAUGUGGGAGUUAAAAAGCGAAUGGCUUUUCUGGACGUUCUACUACAAUCAACAGUGGAUGGCAAACCUCUAUCAAAUUCAGAUAUACGUGAAGAAGUAGAUACAUUUAUGUUUGAAGGACAUGAUACCACUACAAGUGGCAUAUCACAUACAUGUUACCUUAUAGCUAGACAUCCAGAAAUUCAGCAGAAACUUUUUGAUGAAAUACAAGAAGUUAUUGGUGAUGAUAAGAACAAAGCGAUCACAAUGAAAGAUCUACAAGAACUUAAGUAUUUAGAUAUUGUUAUUAAGGAGGGUUUACGUUUAUAUCCACCAGUACCAGUUAUAGGACGCAUGACUGAUAGUGAUGUUGUAAUAGAUGGUAAAUGGAUUCCUGCAAACACAAAUAUAACUAUGUUACUUUAUGCAGCUUUGAGAGAUCCCGAUUGUUUCUCAAAUCCAGAUCAAUUUAUACCAGAACGUUUUCUGAAUGAAAAAAUUGAUCCGUUUGCAAAUGUUCCUUUCAGUGCUGGUCCACGUAAUUGUAUUGGUCAGAAGUUCGCUUUAUUGGAAAUGAAGAGCACUAUUAGUAAAUUAUUGCGCUAUUUUGAACUUUUACCCUUAGGCGAAGAAGUGAGACCAAUGCAAAAUCUGAUUCUUCGUUCUGCGAGUGGUAUCAAUAUAGGACUUCGACCUAGGGUGUAUUCGUAGUUUAGGAGUGAAUUCAAAUGUGUAACUGUAUAUGUAAAUAGUGUUUUCUUCAAUUUUUAUAACAUU